AUGAACCUCGACGAGCUCAAUCACUUCGAGAGCACCCCUUCUGCCAGUCACCGCAUCGGCAUCUACCCCUACCCUGACUCUCAGGUCUCGUUCCAUCCACUGAAAGCACACAGUCUUUCGUCCACUCCUUCAGAAACCGAUUGGAUCUCUCCUUUCACCCUACCCCCAUUACCGACCCUGCGCCGCGAUCGUGAUCCUCCAGACUAUCGCCAAUCCCCGGAUUAUCUUCGACAGCGGGACGGAAGCGGUGCCUACUACGCAGCUGCUUGGGGUUCACCGUAUGCUACUCCAAGCCCUCGAAGAACCCCUCAGCCUUUCGAUUCUACCGGUCAGCGCCUGAAUAUUGAAGCAGCAGUCCCUUUCGGAAAUUCGAUUGGUCGACCAGCCAUCACCCCUACCCCCAGUGACGACGUUGAUAGCCUCGAGUCGCGUAUUCGACAUCGCCUGCACAGGAGAACUCGUCGAAGUUCGAGAAAGCUGUUGCGAAAUCCACGCUCCGAAAGACCCAAUUGGCUGAGUGACUCUGAAGAAAGCGGAUCGGAGACUGGUGUGGAAGAGGAGGAGAACACGCCAACCCGUGUAGCAUAUCUCGAUAGCUGGGGAGCAUCGCCUGCCGAGUCAGUGGGCCGCCUACCGGUACGACACAGAAGCAGCGAAAGCCUGGCUACAAUUACUCCAUACACCUUCCAUGAUUCCGGAAGGCUGUCAAUAGCGCCAGAACGCCCCCGCAUGCGGCUCUCGCCAUCAGCACAGCACGAAAUGGCUGAGCACGAUUUAGAGAAUACUCCAGCGGUGGAAAAGCCACUCCCAAUUUUACCUCGCCAAACAUCCCAGGUGGUGGCAGAUGAUGCGAAGCCUCCAGAGAGCCCAACUACAGCGGUUCGACCCCGUCCCCCCUCGAUGCAAUCAUUCCAGCGCCCUAAGAAAAAAGUUAUCUGGAAGGGCAAAGCUUGUAUUAUCGCUCUCCCACUCACAGAUCGAGAAGCGGCCGGUCUGCCUCCUGUGCUUACGCCACAACAGGUCAAAGAACGGAUAGAUGGUUGGAUCGCGGCUGGGUAUUCAGUGGAUGGCUUUGGGCUAACCGAUCCGAGUGCCGGGGCUUCGGGGGAGAGCAGUGGCCAGAGUCGUCCGGUGUACCCUGACACGACAGACAUUCACGCAGAGCGAAAACUGCGGGAAUUCCAGGUGCACAUACCUAAUCAGGCAGAAUGGGAAUCGUGGGUCAACUACCUCAAGGAGGAGAAACUUCGAGCAUUGGGUGUCAGUCCGAGUAACUCUGAAGCUGCUCCAUCAACUCGGUCACCCUUCUCUCCUGCAAUGAGUCGCAUCUCUUCAGGUCAUCAAGCCCUUGCGACGUCCCCUCCAAUUGGUCCCUCUUCUUCAUCAGCAAGCAACCCGCUUAGAGCUACAAGCAAUCCCUUCUCCCCGUCGAUAAUGUCGUCUGCUGGGAUCAGUCCUCAGCCUGGAUCUGUCGGCUCUUCACAAUUCAAUGCAUUGCCGAAAAAUAUGCAUGGGUACAAGCCUUCGAUUGCUCAGUCUAAUUUCCAUGGACGAAUCCCAUCCCCAUUGGAAGCUCCUCUAUCUCAUGCGAAUUCCUUCAGCAACGGCGCUCGACCAAACAUUCAACCACUCUCCUCGCGGCAAAACAGUUUCUCCCCCAAUCACCCAUUGCUUCUUCCCAAUAUGGGAGAAGUCCUGUCCCAAAAACAGGCUAUGCAUAUGCGCACGGCAACAGCCAGCUUUGCUGGUGAACCAGGGCGCCCGAACCCAAUGCAACAAAGAGGAUAUUUUCCCAUUCCGCAAAAGACUAUUCAACAUACCCCGAGUCCAACCCUGCCACAGCGGAUAGAGAGUAUGGUGCACACACCUCAGUACAGCGAUCCCUCCCGGACUCCAAUUGAAAUUGCGCAUCCUACUCCGAAGAGCCACCGUCAUAAUCUCAGCAUCGCGUUGCAAAGGGAGAUUGAUGAAGCUGAAGCGGCUCUGCACGAGAAAGGGGAGGGAGGGCUUGAAGACGCAACCCAGGUUGACAUGGCCUCGAGGAAGGACUCAGCUUUGGACGAGUCUCUGAACGAAGAGCCACCGAUAUUGAGACGGCCUGAGACGAUAACCACAGCAGAUGAGAAAUCAGAAAUUGAGACAAAUCCAAGCAUAGCUGCUACGCCCAUGCUGAUGGACGACAAGAAUCCAUUCGUGAACUGGCAAGCAUUGAGUGAUGCAGCGAAAGCUGAACCCAAGGUUUCUCCUGCCGCCGUUCCGACGAGUUCCAAGUUCAAUGUGGAGGCCAAAGAAUUCGACCCACGAGCUGGCUUCUCAAGCUCCAACUUUUCGUUUGCUGGACCCAGUUCAAUACCAUUUGGCCUGCCUACAGCGAAGCCAGCACCUCCUCCCGAGAGAACUGCGGCCCGAGGCAGGUUUUCCUUGUCACAUCUUAAUGCCGACGCCCCUGCUUUCACUCCACGCACGGCUCAAGCACCCAAAAACACUCCUUUCACAUUCAGCUCUGCGACGUUUAAUGUAGAGGCUCCGGUGUUCAAUCCUUCUCAGUCCCCUAGUACCAACUUCCAAGAUAGCGUGACUUCCGCUGGUGAAGGACCGGCGGACCACACGACCAGCAUAUUCGGCAACGUUGUCAUAGACCCAGGCUCCAAGGCGAUGAGGAGAACAAGUAAGGGCAUUCCAACAGCUGGUCCAAAGUCAAAGGACGCUCAAGAGGAAGAUAUCAACAACUUAUCGGACGAUAUGGGUCGGCCCCUGCCCCCUAUAGAUCGGCAAAAGAGAGCGCGAAGGACUGGUAGUGACGGAGAUCGAAGUCCUGUCUAUGCGGAUUCGGCACCGUUCCAUCACAGAAGGAUCCUGUCAGAGAUCGUAGAUGAUGUCGAUGCGAAUGGGCCCAAGCCAGAAACGCCCGAGAAACAUUUCGACGGCUGGGCUUAUAUCCCUGCAGAUGAGAAACAGCUGACCGAUGCUGCGGACACGCCCAACCUUCAAGAACGGACUAGCGAUGCAGGCGGGACGGACUCAACGUUUACUUUCGCGAAUCAAGGCGAGGUUACUUUGUUCAGUGAAGCUCGGCCGCCUCUCGAGACUGAUCAGAUACUAGACUCUGAGCAGACUGCCGAAGCAGAGUCUUCGGAUAACCUCAAGAAGGAAGCAGAAACUCCUGUCAAACCAACGAGUCUGCCAGUAGAGCGCACUCGAAAACAGAAGUCGUCACUUUCGGCACUAGCUACACCCUUCGAAUUCAAUCCGAGAGUCACAAGGUCACUGGCAUCCUCCUCAUUUGCGAUGCCACAGAAGACUCAAGGGCUGGAAGACUCCAAAUACGCAGACACAUCAAGUCCACCUUCUGAUCUCAAGGCUAGUCUUUCUUCGCCUCCCACAGAUAUGCCACACUAUGUUGAGAAGGAUCAUGAAUCAGUACACGAAGCAGAGAGCACGGUCGAAGUUUUCGAGGAGAAGAGCACUGAAGACGAAGUCGUCGAGGUCAUCGAAGAGAAAUCUGCUGGUGACGACUCCGAGCCUCCUCAACGGCGAAAGUACAUUUUGGAACCGGCCAAGGACUUUGAUACCGAGCCUGACACAGAAGCCGAACGAUUUGACAGAAUAGGAUCCUUGUUGCGGCACGAAGACCGCGCUGAGCCAUCCUUUGAAGAAAUUGACGCUGUUAUGAAACACCUUGAAGUUCAUCCAGAACUGGGUGUAGAGCGCAAUGAUACACCUGUUCAGUCGACGCCGCUCGUUGACAUGCGGCCGGGAAGCCACUUCCGAAGCGACGCUCCGAGCCCGAGCCCAUCCAGACACCGGGAGACCAAGGCUGCUCAAAGCGACACCUCGUACCCACCAUCAUAUGGCUUGGGCAUUGGGGUACACAAGUUGAACUCGGGCAGAGAUGAUGUCAGUGAUUGGGGUGACACGAUACCUGCAGCAGAGGCGGCGAAACUACAACUUCGGUCCCAGUUCUUUGAUGGCCACGUCAAUGAUUUGGUGGAUGGGUUGCUUGAGAACCGUCUCGGUCCCCUUGAACGCACUUUGAGGACCAUUCAGCAUUCGCUAGCUCUGAUGGCGACACAGCAGAGUCAGAAAAGUGAUGACCGAGGUCUAUCGGCCAGCCAAAAGGACUCGGACGCUGACGAUGAGGAUGAGUACGAUGCCUAUGAAGGUUUCGCGUCUUACAGAACUCGAUCGCCGACUGCCCGAAGGGGCUCGCGCAAACAAGACCUGAUCCGCGCAGCUGUCGCCGAAGCAUUAGCUGCACAUCAGCCUCCUGUUCUACCACAGCCUUCAAUCGACUUGACAGAGAUAAAUGCCGUCCUGCAGGAGAUGAGAGAGCUCGCUCAGCAGAAUGGCUCUCAGAACACCCAGAACGAGUUAAAGACAAUCAUGGAAGACGUAAUUUCCCAUCAUCCGAGACUCCGGGGCUCAAGGGUUCAGCAAGAACAUGAGGCGGCCGACAUCAAAUACAAACCCCAGAUCGACGGCCUCGAGACAAUGCUGAAGAUCUCUCAAGAGCAUGCAGCCGAGGAAUCUCGCCUCAGACGGACGGCAGAAGAGGAAAUUAACGAGCUGAAACUACGACUACGCAUUGCCGAAGAGGAAGCUGCACAAUAUCGAGAAUCCUCUGAAGAGGCUCAACGCACUCUGGAGGCUUUCGUCGAGGAAAAGGACUCGUAUAGAAACCUUGAGCGCGAACUUGAAGGACUGACUCUCAAAAACACCGCCCUCGAACAUACACUAGAGGAAUACCGUGUCUCGAGUGAUCAGUGGCGAGAAGACAUCCGUACGGAACGUGCAUCUAACAAAGAGCUCAAGCGCACCUUGCAAGAACUUAAUCAUCAAUUGGCAGAUCAGACACAGUCUCGACAAAAUCUUCGAACCAAAGUUGAGCGACUGCAAUCCCAGAUCGCACAAGUUGUGCAAGACCUGCACGCUGAACAACAUGAUUGGCGGAACAAGGAACACGGUCUGCAGAGCAAACUUGCCCUCCUUCAAGACGCACUUGAGCAAGAGCGACGGCACCGGGAGAAGGCUGAACUUGAAUUGGAUACCCUGGACAAAGAACACAAGCAAAACAUGCACAUGAAGACGAUUCUAGACCAGGCUCAGCUGAAUAUUUCGCGGCUUGACGAAUUGGUGGCCUCGCUUCGGGAAGAGAACAGGGCUCUGGAUACCAAAGCUUUCAACCUAGAUCGCGAGUUGGAGCAUGUUAAGAAGAGCAAGGAUGCAGAGCUGGCUACCGCCACAGCCAAACUGAAGGCUGAAUUGGAAAGUGCCUUGACUAAACUUGAGAGCAUCCAGGCCGACUCCAACGCGCAGAUUACGCGAUUACAAGGUCGUCUGGAUCAUGCCGAGUUGGAUCUCGAAGAACAAAAGGCCAAACAUGACGCACUCCUCUCCGAGACCAUUGAGGGGCACAAGGAGGCUCUUCGAGAAGCUAAUGACAAGAAAGAAACUGCUCUGGAGGACCAACACCAAGUUCACGAGAAGAAACUCAACGAACUGCGCGACCGUCACACAAGAGAGCUGCAUAAUUCGUUUGAUACUCGAACGAGGUUGGAACACCAGUUCAAGGAGCGGCUCGGGCUGAGCGAGGACAAGGUGAAGCACCUCGAGAGUAAGGUCACGGAUUUGGAGGAGAGACUGGAAAUAACGAAGUCCGCCGCAAGAGCUGCUGUAGAAGCUGCGACCGCCAAAGGAGUCAAUCUGCCUACGCCCGCUUCAUCCGUCGUCGCAUCGCCACCACAACGUGCGGCAACCGCCUCAAUGUCGUUUGCGAAGGGGUCGGAUGUACCUGACAGAAUCUCGCCGCAAGCCCUUCGGGAGUCGAUCAUGGUGUUACAAGAUCAGUUGCAGAAUCGCGAACAAAAGAUAGAGCAGCUGGAGACUGAGCUUGCCGCUGUGGACAAGGACGCUCCCAACAAGGUCAAGGAGCGCGACACCGAAAUCAGCUGGCUUCGUGAACUUUUGAGCGUGAGGAUCGACGACCUUGAGGAUAUUAUCAACACUGUCUCCAAAGCCGACUUCGAUCGAGAGGCAGUCAGAGAUGCUGCGAUUAGGCUCAAGGCGAAUCUGCAGAUGGAACAGCAACUGAAAGAGCGUGCUGGGGCAGGCGGGUUGACCAGUUCCUUCCCGUCAAUCUCAAGCUUGUCAAGCUAUGCUCAGUCGCCCCGUGCACUUCCCUUGGCGGCGGCAGCGGCAUGGGGCAACUGGCGAAGAGCUCGUGAGACCUCAAUCGGCGCCAUAUCUGAACUAGCCACCAACCUAGGGAGUCAGACACCCUCAAAAUCUGCCGUCGGUAGCCCUGCAAGUUUCUUGUCGGGGAUUAUCACACCACCAGGUACAUCUCAGAAGACACCAAACCAGACACCGAUAUUGCUUCCACCGAGCAUGAGAAGCCCGGCUGCUGGCCCAGUGCAAACUCGCAAAGGAAGUGGACCUGAAGCACGCCCACUGCGGGCCUACGGUUCGCAACCCCGAGCACUUUCGAGCAAGCAGGCAGACAAGCGACCUGAGAGUCUACAAUUACAGUCCGACUCUUCGCCACCCUCACAGCUAAAGAUUGACGUGCCGCGGACUCCGGUUCAGACCAAGCAUGAGGCAAACCUGGAUCUCACAGAAGAUGUGGAUGACGAUGCUUCGCCGUUGGAGGGGAAGAAUACCCAGCAUCUUGGAGAGGAUGAGCUGCUCACUGAAUGA